GAUCCCCUCCCUGGUAGGGAUGUGGCUACCAUGGCAACUGCUGAAUCAUCCUCCACCGUCUGCAGUCGUCCUCUAAUGCCAUCCCCACAUGCAGCAAGGCCCUCCACCGUCCAGGCCAGCAUUAGCAUAUUGAUCGACGCUUCAAUUUGCUAUAUUAGUUGCAGCAGUCUUUGGAGGUUAGUCUCGGAGGACUCAGAGGUGCAGUUGGCUGAACAGCAGCCAUUCGGAUGGGUAACGUACCCACUACAGUGAAGCACUGCCUGAGCUAUGAGCAACUCAUCCAGGACUACCCAUGGCUGAGACGCUGGCUGCUGCAGGAAAAGACCAUCACAGGACAUGAGUAUCCAGAGUUUGUUAAAAUAGUUGAAGUUGGGCCGAGAGAUGGACUUCAAAAUGAAAAGGAAAUUGUCCCGACAGGGGUGAAAAUCCAGCUGAUAGACAUGCUCUCAGGAACAGGCCUGCAUGUGAUUGAGGCCACCAGCUUUGUCUCUUCAAAGUGGGUACCGCAGAUGGCAGACCACACUGAGGUACUCAGAGGAAUCCAGAGAGCUCCUCAUGUUCAGUACCCUGUUUUGACACCUAACCUGCAAGGCUUCCAGGAUGCUGUUGCAGCUGGUGCUACUGAGGUGGCGGUGUUUGGGUCAGCGUCUGAAACCUUCAGUAAAAAAAAUAUUAACUGCUCUAUUGAUGAAAGCAUGCUGAGGUUUGAGGAAGUCAUUAACACUGCCAAAGAGCAACAGAUUCCAGUCCGUGGAUAUGUUUCUUGUGCCCUUGGAUGCCCCCAUGAGGGACACAUUGAACCUUCCAAAGUUGCUGAGGUGGCAAAGAAGUUAUAUGAAAUGGGCUGUUAUGAGAUUUCCUUGGGGGAUACCAUCGGUGUUGGUACUCCGGGUUCCAUGUUUAAGAUGCUGCAGUGUGUGAUGAAGGAGGUGCCUGCGGAUGCUCUCGCAGUUCACUGCCAUGACACUUACGGGCAAGCACUGCCCAACAUCCUUACUGCACUUCAGAUGGGGGUCUGUGUGGUGGAUUCUGCAGUAGCUGGCCUGGGAGGUUGCCCGUAUGCUCAGGGUUCAUCAGGCAAUGUUUCAACAGAGGAUGUUCUCUACAUGCUUCAUGGCAUGGGAAUCGAAACUGGUGUGAACCUUGCCAAGGUUGUAGAGGCUGGUGACUUCAUCUGCAAUGCUUUAUGUCGCAAGACAAACUCCAAGGUUGCCAAGGCAAGAGGCAGGACACUGUGAUGUGUUUCUGUAAAGGAAUAUAUUUAAAUCUGACUCUGUUCCCUUUAAAGUGCUUCCCCUGUUGUUGCUGCCUUCAAAUUUGUUGCCUAUGCUGCCGUAUUUAAAAUAUAUUAUUCUCUUCCAUCUCAUCCAAAUGUUCUCAAGAAUUAUGAGAUUUUCAAUAUUGUGUUUUUGGUCCAAAAUCAUCUCUUUCUGGCUCAGCUCAAUACCUUUUAAUUCAUGUCUGUUUCAUUAUGAUCGACUGAAUCAUCACAUUUUUUAUGAGAUACUUUGUUUGGCUCUGUGUGGUUGGACAUUACAUAAAGAGAAAGGACAGGUCAUAUUGGCUAUAUAUAUAUAUUGGGUAACAAAAGACGAUAAACUAACUGUCAAGAAGAGUAUUCAUUUGUGAUUAAUAUGUCCUCAUUGAUGACUUGAUGAGUUAUGAAUACAUACAGGCCAAGACUGAAUUCUAAACUUCUAUUUUAAAACCUUCCCAUAUUUAUUUGUUUCUGACAAAGAAACCUUGUAAAGGUCAGUCAGUUUUAUUACUUUGCAUAGCUCUGUGGCCUUAUAAUAAAAUAAAGUAACACAAUAAGAAUUUAGUCUGCUUUGGCUAAAUUGCUGAACUCAAUUCAUUAUCAGCACAGGAACACCUGUGGUGAUAAUAAAUAGAAUAGCGAAGACUGCAAAAAGAAAAAGCUCUUUCUUGCUUUUAAAAUAUGAAUAUCUCUUUAUGCACUCUGAAGACCUUUUCAGCUUUCCUAUUCAAUCAGGUCCUGUUUGAACAGUAAUUGAAAAGGAGACUCCUUUCAAACUACCACAAAAAUAACUGUAUAAAAGCAGUCUCUGAAAAUGUUCUGCCUCAGGUUUGCCAAAGAUCAAUGAAAAAGUGACCCUUCUCUUUUUACCAUGACAUAAGCUACUGUGUGGGGAUCGUCUGUUUUGAGUGUAAAGUUAAAUGUGGUUGCAUUUGCUCAUGUCUGCUUGUCUUUUUACAUCCCUCUGUGCUUUCUGUAAAACAUGAUAAAAUAACAUCAAAAAUAGAAUGUGACACUGAAUUUUGACAGGAUUUUAUCCAAAGAAAGAUGGGGAAAAAAAAUACCGUAUCUAUUGUGCUUCAGAAAAAUGUUCACACAUGCUGGAGGAUUAAGAUGAUCCAAAUAAAGAAAUAACAAAAUGUU